GUUAACUCUAGGGUAGGGUUUUGGAGGCUGAAUAUAUACGCCUCUCUAUUCUCUAGAGCAGCAGCCGCUCGUUUCUACCGAGGAAGAAAGGGAUUCCAGCCCCGUUUCUCUCGCUUACUCGUCAGUUGCGGCUGUCUAAUCUUAUAGCUGUAAUUGGCUUCUACAAGGACUAGGCAAGAUGUUGGUGGUGCCAUGUCGUACCGAAGUACACAAUUUCCAUCUCCCUUCUAACAAAAAAAAAGUGAACAUAUUUCAUCGCGGUCGCGGUAACUUUCUUUUUCCCUAAAAUCUUCGGAAUGCUUCUUGGUAUGGUUCUCUUUCAUUAUUCCUUAGUUUGGCAUGUUAAUGUGUUGUUAUUUUCCCCACAAUUCUGGGCGUAUACAUGGUUGUUGGGUAUUAGCAAUUUGUUACUAAUGCUUUGUUUUGAUGAGUGCAUUUUGAGAUCCCAGUAUUUCUUUAUUGCCAUUGUUAUAUUUACACACACUUUUGAAAAUCGGCAUAUCAUUAUGCUUACUCUAGAUAACUUGAAGAAACUGGAGAAGAAAGAAUCAAGUCGUGGCGAGUUUGGUUCCCAACGGUUCCGACAGCCCACAAGCAACGACAUUAUGUGCGAAUGUGGACGACUUGCAGUGGUGAGAAUAUCACGCACAACCCUAAAUCCUAAUAGGAAGUUCUUCUGUUGCGCUAAACGCGGUUCAAAAAAGGUAUAUUUAUUUUUUGUAUCUCACAAUUUUUCAAGUUACUCGGUUUAUGGACCAGUUGAAUAGCUUCGUUUUCUUACCCCCCCUGAGUUGUGUGCGGUAUUUUCUAUUACUUUUGAAGGUGGACAAAGGAUGUGGACUCUUUGAAUGGUUUGAUAUACGAAUGGCAAUUGAAAAAGAGAGACAUAGGUUGGAUGCUCUAAUUAGAUUUCUAGAGGCGGAGAAAGUAUAUUUGAAAGAAAAAAAUGGAUUACUCAUUGAAGCUAACAAGAAUCUUCGGAAAUCAGUUGCCCAAACGUUGCGCUGAGGUUGUUACUCAUAUCAUAAGCAACAAUGUUGAAGCCCAUCCAAAGCUGUUAUUGUAUUGCGAAUAAAUUGAAGUCUUUUGAUCUAGAGGGACAACUGGGAGGAUUGGAAGGCCGAAUGUUGCUAUUUG